AUGGCUUACAGGAGAAUGACAUCACAAUCGGCGGUCAUUUGUCUGCUAAUCGUUGGCCACUAUAUGUCCGCCAAUUCGUCGCCGAGUCCUUCGCCAUCCGAGCCGUCGGUUGAGCCACAAGUGGUGACCAACGCGUCCGACGAUAACGCCGUCCCCAACACUGGCGCCGACUCUUCGUCCGUACCGUCGAUGCCUAUCACCGGAUCAGCUGACGAGUUGUCAAAAACGGCAAACACGUCGUCGGGUUCUGACGGCCAGAAUGGCGGCGACCACUCGGCGCCAGUGGUGAACGAUAGCAAACAGCCGGUCAUUGACCCGAACCGGUUGCCAGACAUACCGGUGGUUGAACUGCCGUCUGUGCCGACACCCGCGCCGCCAAAUGAGAUGCUGUCGUUCGAGGAAUGGCGUAAGAAGAUCGCAGAAAAGGCUGUUCACCAACAGCUCCGACAACAACAACAACAACAGCAGCAACAGAACGGACAGCUGUCGGCCGGCGUUAAGGCAACCGGCGCUCAGGGCGGGGGCGGUGGCCAACAGUUGGGAAGCCAGGCCUCGGGCGCCACCGGAACGGGACAGACAUCACCCGAAGUGGUGAACGGAGGCGUCCCUCUGAAGUCUAAACCCAUGGCCUCACCGAAGAGGACACGCAAUUUUGCGUCACACGAAUGCGGCGCUAAGAUUGUGGACAGCAAUCCUGAAUCCGAGUCUGUUCUCAGAAUAUUGAACGAACAAACGGACGAAUAUAUGCUAAACCCGUGCAAAGCCAAGAUCUGGUUUGUGGUGGAGUUAAUAUUGAACGAACAAACGGACGAAUAUAUGCUAAACCCGUGCAAAGCCAAGAUCUGGUUUGUGGUGGAGUUGUGCGAAACAGUGCAGCCCAACCACAUAGAGUUGGCCAACUUUGAGCUCUACUCGUCGGUGCCCAAGGAGUUCAACAUACAGGCCAGCGAUCACUACCCGACCCGCGACUGGUCCUCAUUAGGCAUGCACAUUUCAAGCGCAAGACGAGCGGUCAGAGCAACGCUGUGUCUCGACGCCAAUCAGUUGACGGCCGCCGGUGUCGAGGAAGAAGAGUCGCCCAUCGCUGAAGAGAUGUUGGGCGGCGAGGAGUCGGCGCACAAUCUGUUUGGCACCGCCAGAGACGCCGUGUUUAAUAUUGUCCGCAAAGCGGCGCAGGCUCUCAAUGGUUGUUUGACAACGGACAUAAAUUUCCGCAACAAACGCCAACAGUUGUACUCUUUGAUGAUUAGCCAGUAUUUGUCGCAUGGCUGGAAGCCUAUAAUGGAUGACUGGGCGGCCGCACCCGUCUCUAAUGCCAUUGAUAGCAGCGUUCCCGCGUUUAAUAGCGCCUCAAUUGUGGACACUGGGGCCACGUUUGCCCGAUCGACCCCUUCAUCCACAUCCGUAAUGGCCAGUCAUGUUCUCUCCGGCGAUAGCAAUGAUGUACAACAACUGUCUACCGAUGAUACGGCCAAAGGAGAGCCAACUGUACAAACCCUUUCCAAUGACUCGUCAAGCAGUGAAUCCUCGAAGUCUCCGCCCGUCACCGCCGAAGACAUUUUGCCCAUUGUUUCCACUAAUAACGAGACAAACGGUGGGAGCGAUGAAUCAGUUAAUAAUAUUACGACUGGUGAGGGAUCGGUGGCCACCAGUGGUACGCAAAUUAAUGGUCAACAAGUAGUGGCAACCAAUGGACAGAACACCGCACCAGUGAAUGGACAGCCAUUGAACGGCAAUAAUAACGGAAACGGCUAUAUAAGUAACGGCGCGACUAUCGGCCAAACCAAGGAGUCGGUGGUCAUACGACUGUCCAAUCGGAUUAAAGCACUCGAAGUGAAUCUGUCGUUGAGUUCGCAAUAUUUGGAACAAUUGAGUCAAAGGUAUCGCAAACAGAUGGAGGAAAUGCAGAAGGCGUUCAAUAUCACCAUCAGUAAACUCAAUGACACCAAUAUUAGAGCUGCCGAAAGACUAUGA